AUGAGCCCUCCACCCGUGCCGGCCAUAGAUACCAUGAUGGUUGACGAUGAUGAACAAGCCAGUGAUGAGGGGGCUUCUCUACAUACAAGACGACGAUCUUCAUCAACUCAACAUAAUGCUCAACCUUUUGAGUUAGUUGCAGCAACCGCGGAUGAUGUCUCGGUACUCUGGGGGGAGUUUGAGAUGGUAGAAAAUGCCAACUCCCGUUCCCCGAUCCAAGUCGAUACGCCCGGUACGGUGAGGGUGAGUACCGGGCCCCGGCCGUCUUCAUUUGAUGAGCAACCAGCAACCAACACUACAUUUGUCGCAUCUGCAUCUCACCCUUCAACGCAAUCAGCUUCAUCACCUUCUUCACCAACUCUUCCACCAGCAACUGCUACAUCAUCUCCAUCGGUCGCAUCUGUCUGA